AUGCGCGUUGCUCUGCGGCAUCGCAGUGGCUGUCUGCUGCUCUGCGUGGGCCUGUCCCUGCUCACUCUGCUGCUGCAGAGCCUGUGGGUGCCACCUGAGCUGACCCGUGAUGAAGCUGCAGGGAGAUCACCUGAGGAACAAAGUCAGGGUAGUCCUCGCCUCCAUGGGAUGGCACUUCGUUUGGAAGCUUUGAGUGAUCAGGUACAGAGGCUGAGCAGUAAAAGAGAUGACAUCUAUCUGGACAGAAAUGAUCUCAGUUUACUACUACACAGGCUCAGACAGGAUCAGCAGAGUUUGACUCACUUGGUUGAGCGGGAGCUGCAGAGAGUGUCUCAGAGGCUCGAGCAGCUCAGCCACCAUCAUCACCAGCCGGUGCUGCUUUUUCCUGGUGCCCUGGCUGGGAGUGGCGGUCAGCGUUUUGAAGCCAUGGUGGACAGAGGUGGUCCUCUUGGAGAGUUGGUCCAGUGGGCCGACCUCAGCAGCUGCCUGAUGAUCCUGGGUCAUGACGUGACCUUUAGCACCUCACAGCAGCAGCUCCGCAGUCUGAUAGGUGCUGCGCCAGGCCGAGGCAGCUGUCCGAUCCAGAGGCCUCUCACCUUUGACCUCAUUUAUACCGACUACCACGGGCUUGCUUUCCUUCAAGGAACCAUGGGACUGGCUUUCCAGCAUUACCAGUGCCGUUUUAGGAUUCUGGACUCAUUUGGAACUGAACCAGCCUUCAACUUGGGAACUUACGCUCGAAGCCAUGGAUAUAAAACCCAGUGGGGUAGCUGGAGUCUCAAUCCUCUGCAGUAUAUGACUAUGUUCCCUCAUACUCCUGAUAAUUCCUUCCUGGGGUUUGUGAGUGAAGAGGCAGUAAAGGAUGAUGAGCCCGAGUCAAAAAGUUACAGGAAAGACAAGAUAGCAGUGGUUUAUGGCAAACAGGAAUACAUGUGGCAGGGUAAAACUCAGUAUCUUGAGGUUAUUAGUGAAGCGUUAGAGACUCAUGCCACAGUCUACCGACCUCCAGGACACUCCUCCGACCUUCCCAGUUUCAUCAAAAACCAUGGACUUCUGUCUCAGGAGGACUUCCUACGACUUCUGCACAGAACAAAGGUUUUUGUAGGUCUUGGGUUCCCCUAUGAGGGUCCAGCUCCUAUUGAGGCCUUAACGCUAGGCUGUGUUUUCCUUCAGCCACGAUUUGACCCCCCACACUCAUCAGAGAAUAAUGACUUCUACAAAGGCAAGCCUACCACCAGACAGAUCACCUCACAGCACCCAUAUGCUGAGCAGUUCAUUGGUAAACCAUACGUGUGGACUGUGAAUGUGACCAACAAGACAGAUGUUCAGCAGGCUCUCAGGUCUAUUUUAAGCACAGAGGUGAAGCCUUUCACUCCUCAGGAGUUCACAUGUGUGGGAAUGUUGGAGCGGCUUCAUGGUUACAUCACUCACCAGAACUUCUGCAGUAAAUCUGUCCCGGCUUGGCCGCCAGAAAGUGCUCUGAGGGGGCACCUGGGUCCACUGGGUCAGUCCUGCGCGAGUGUGUGUCAGCGCUCCUCCCUGGUGUGUGAGCCUGCUCUCUUUCAUCACCUGAACACACCUGCAGCAUUUACUGGGCUUGGGCUGCAGUGCUCUGGCACGGUGCAGGAAGUCAACCAUCUGUUUCCUUCCUACAACCCGUGGGGUCGUCACUGUGGCCUUCAGCAGGAGCCUCUGCUGUUCAGCUGUGCUGGCUCUGACCCUUCACAUCGCAGGCUUUGUCCAUGCCGAGCUCACCUGUCUGCACUGCUGCCAAUAUAA